AUGAUGAAAAACAAGACAAUAACAACCUUCAUUCUGCUAGGGCUGACGGAUGAUCCUCAACUUCAAGUUCUGAUUUUUGUGUUUCUAUUCCUCACUUACAUGUUGAGUAUAACUGGGAAUCUGACCAUCAUAUCUCUCACUUUCAUGGAUUCACACCUUAAAACACCUAUGUACUUUUUCCUACAGAAUUUUGCCUUAUUAGAAAUUUUGUUUACAUCUGCUUGUAUCCCUAGAUACUUGUACAAUAUAGCAACAGGUGACAGAUCAAUUACUUAUAAUAUUUGUGUCAUUCAAGUAUUUUUUAUUGAUGUCUUUGGAGUAACAGAAUUUUUUCUCCUGGCUGUUAUGUCCUAUGAUCGCUAUGUGGCCAUCUGUAAACCCCUGCGCUAUAUAACCAUCAUGAACAACAGAGUCUGUGGAAGGCUCAUCUUCUGCUGCUGGACCAUUGGCUUGUUGAUUAUACUCCCACCACUUGUCAUGAUACUAAAUCUAGAAUUCUGUAACUCUAAUGUAAUUGAUUAUUUUUUCUGUGAUUCAUCCCCUAUUUUGAAGAUUUCAUGCUCAGACACAUGGCUUAUAGAACAGAUGGUAAUAGCCUGUGCUGUGAUGGCCUUCAUCACAACCCUUCUUUGUGUUGUUCUGUCCUACAUAUACAUUAUCAAGACCAUUCUAAGAUUCCCCUCCAUUCAGCAAAGGAAAAGAGCCUUUUCCACCUGUUCUUCUCACAUGAUUGUGGUCUCCAUCACAUACGGAAGCUGUAUCUUCAUCUAUGUCAAACCUUCAGCAAAGGAAUCAGUCACUAUUAAUAAGGGUGUGACAGUGCUUAUGACGUCCAUUGCUCCCAUGUUGAACCCAUUCAUUUACACUCUGAGAAACAAACAAGUAAGACAAGCAUUCAGUGACUCCUUCAAAAGAAUUGCAUUACCCUCAAAGAAGUAG